AUGCCGGGCAUCGCGCGCAAGGUGAUUAUAUGCGCAGCGAUCGACGGCCUUAUCAUUCAACCCCUCUCUCCGAAGGGCCAACGACCCGCUCCGGCCCUGCGACUACGCUACGGCGAUGCUUCUAUCGCUCCAGCCUCCCGCGAGCAGAUCCCAGACCUAUCGUCUAACCCAAACGUCUCCUUUGAAGCAUUCGGUGUCGUCGGGCUCAUAACUGUUGCGAAGCGGAGUUACCUCAUCACUAUCACCCGUCGUCAGCAAGUCGCCCAAAUUCUCGGCUCUCCAGUGUAUGUCGUCACCGAAGUAGCCAUCACUCCCUGCACUAGCCGCUUCGAGGCCGAAACCGCCGUCUCUCGAACCGCGACCCAGUUGCAGAGCAGGACGGAGGAUACCGAUCCCGAGGACAGCGACGCAGAUGAAACCCUCGAGCUGCAGGCCAACUCCGCCGAUGAUGUUGAGGAUCCGUCGGCUCCGAGCGAAGGCAUCGCUGCCGGUUCUUUGGGGCCCAACCGCAAUCCCAAAAGCACCGUUGCCGAAGAUGUCAUAAGCCGCAGGGGCAGCUACGGCCGCUUUGCCCAGCGUUGGUUCAGCAAAGCCGGAUGGGCGCAGAGACAGAGACGUAGUAUAGGGUGGAGCGAUGCGUCACCAUCUCAGUCCUCCACUGCCCCUGAAUCGGAACGGCAAGUCAGCAGGGAAGGAACUCCUGAGGCCACUCUGGUCCAGGACGAUGAGUGGGAGCAGGCCGGCGAGGAGCGAGCGAGAUCUCUAUUACCGAAGUUCCUGCGGACCGCCCACAUCUUCUACGGUUUGUCCCAGAGCUUCUACUUUUCCUACGACAUUGACAUUACGAGGCAUUGGGCAAGGAGGUUCGAAGCACCUCCCAGGGACCUGCCUUUGUACCAGCAGGUCGAUCCGGUGUUUUUCUGGAACAGGCAUACCCUGAAACCCUUCAUCCAAACCGGAAAUGACGCCUUGGUACUCCCACUCAUGCAGGGAUUUGUCGGUCAGAGACAGUUCGUCGUGGACAGCAGCCCACCCCAACAUGACGGAGAUAUGAAAGACUCCGUGGAGUUAUCAACCAUCUCCCCGCCUGUGUCCCUGCCAGGCUCUCCGCCCCCAGAGAGGGCUCGCGAUUCGUUCGACUUUCGCCCCACGGAAAAGAAGUUCCUCGUCACAGUCAUCUCUCGACGGUCCACAAAGAGAGCUGGCCUCCGCUAUCUCCGACGCGGUGUUGACGACGAUGGCUAUGUCGCCAACGCCGUCGAGACGGAACAGAUCCUCUCUAACGCGUCCUGGGACAAGAGCAAUAAGAUCUAUUCCUUUGUUCAAAUCCGCGGCAGCAUACCUCUGUUCUUCACCCAGAACCCGUAUUCCCUGAAGCCGGCGCCAGUCAUCCAACAUUCCUCGCGGGCCAAUUACGAAGCAUGCAAAAAACACUUUGUACGAUUGACGAAGGAGUACGGGAGCUUGCAGAUCGUCAACCUCGUGGAGAAGCACAACGUCGAGGCGCCGCUAGGGUCGGAAUUUCAAAACACCGUUGCCAAGUUGAACGAGGACGUAUUUGCGGCCCAGUCUUCGGAGAUACCUUUCGAGUGGUUCGACUUUCACGCAGCAUGUCGAGGAAUGAAGUUCGAAAACGUCAGCAUCCUGCUUAACAUGAUGCGGGAAAAGCUGGAAGAGCUCGGCUGGUCCGUUGAAAAGGACGGCGAGCUGGUCCAACGCCAGCGUGGUGUACUGAGAACGAACUGCAUGGACUGCCUCGACCGCACCAAUGUCUGCCAGAGCUCCUUCGCCAAGCAAGUACUGGAAGAUCAGCUUCGAGCCGAGGGUUACGACAUGAGCGCUCAGCUAGACCAAGAAACGACUUGGUUUAACACACUCUGGGCGGAUAAUGGCGACGCAGUUUCAAAGCAGUACGCGUCCACGGCGGCUAUGAAGGGCGAUUUUACCCGCACCAGGAAGAGGAACUACCGGGGUACUCUGAACGACCUUGGCCUCUCGUUGACAAGGUUCUACAACGGUAUGGUAAAUGACUACUUCAGUCAGGCCGCGAUUGAUUUCCUCCUGGGCAACGUUACCUCGAUGGUCUUCCAGGAGUUUGAGGCCGAGAUGAUGACCAAGGACCCCGCCAUCUCCAUGAUCAAACGCCGAGAGCAAGCUAUCGAGCUGUGUCAGAAGCGCGUCGUGUCGGACGAGAACGAAGAGUUCACGGGCGGCUGGGUGCUGCUUACCCCUCCCACUUCCAACACGACCAAGUCACAGCUACCCUUUGAGGAGGUCGUCCUUCUCCUGACGGACGCAGCGCUCUAUCUCUGCCGCUUUGAUUGGAACCUGGAUAAGGUGUCGUCUUUUGAGCGCGUCGACCUCGCCCACAUCGUCGGCAUACAGUUCGGGACAUACAUCACUUCGACCAUCGCUCCCGUGCACACGGACGAAACGAAGAACGUCGGAUUCGUUGUUUCCUAUCAGCCGGGUAAAAACGACAUCCGGCGAAUCAAUACACGCACCGUGUCAAGCAAUUUUCUGAGCCGCAGUGGCACCACGUCGGAACGGAAGUCCGGUGAAGGAGAUGAGCCGUUGCAGAAGCCGGCGCCGCCGGCUUCGGGACUGGCGAGUCUAUUAUCGCCCAGGCGUACGAGAGAUGCGCGUCCGGUACGGAAGCUCGCAUUCAAGGCGCCUUACUCGCAGUCUUCGGCGGCGGUUGGCGGCGAUGGCCCGCGGCUCAGCGAAAUACAGCAGGUGGUCACCAUCUGUGCGGAUAUAGAACGUCUCGCGUUCAAGUGCCAACCCGGAAAAGAUGCGCCGGGAACGAGCAGCGUUAUCGAGAAGGGAGACAUCAUCUCAUUAGAGGAGGCGCGUCAGAGCACAACCCUGCUAGAUCACCUGAGCCAUUCCAUUAAGAAGCUCGUGUGGGCAUAA